CCAUAAUCCCCCUUACCAUGUCAUCCCCCCCCCCCGACGCCGUGCUGCUCUUGGAGCCUCGCUACGUGUGCUCCGAGUGCUCCCACGUGUCCCCCUCCCUCGAAUCCGCCCUGCUGCACCACCAGACCCACCUCCCCAAUUCGGGGGUCUCCAACCCGCCCCCCCAGCCCCAUUUAGAGCUAUUGGGGGGGGUCCCCGACGGCAGCCAUUAUCAAUGCCUGGAGUGUGGGCAGCUCCUGCUCAGCCCAGGGCAACUAUUGGAACAUCAAGAGCUUCAUUUAGAACCCGGAACCAAGACCCAAAUGGGGCUGGGGUCCGGAACCAAAGCCCCCCCAGGAGCCCCCAAUUUAAUCCAUUAUGAAUGUGUGGAGUGCGGGGCCUUGUUUGGGAACCAGGAGACGUGGUUGGUCCAUAGACAGAGCCAUAGGGAUGGGGUUGGGCCUGGAACCAGCACCGGGGCCGGUUCUAUUGGUUCUAUUGGUACCGGUUCUGUUGGUACCGGUACCGGAACCAUUGUGGAUGUAGAACAUUCAUACCGUAAACCAGAGGAGGAGCUGCACAAUGCAGUUCAAUUGCUGCUCUAUGAGUGCGCCCAGUGCCUGCAGCUCUUCCACAGCCCCAAGGACGUAUUGGACCAUCAGAACCAGUGUCAUUUGGACCAGCAGAACCAGCAGAACCUGCCGGCCCACCCCGACCACAGCUACGAGGUCAAGGUGGAGGAUGUUAAUGUGGAUGGGGGGGAGCAGAACCGGCACCAGGUCGCAAUGCAUGGGGUGGAUCAGAACCGGGUCUCGAUGGAUCAGAACCGGGUCUCAAUGGAUCAGAACCGGGUCUCAAUGGAUCAGAACCGGGUCCUGUUGGAUCAGAACCGGGUGUCAAUGGAUCAGAACCGAGUCCUGUUGGAUCAGAACCGGGGCCCAGUGGAUCAGAACCGGGUCUCGAUGGAUCAGAACCGGGUCCUAUUGGAUGGGAUGGCUCAGAACCGGGUCCUGUUGGAUCAGAACCGCGUCUCGAUGGAUCAGAACCGGGUCUCAUUGGACGGGAUGGCUCAGAACCGGAUCCCAAUGGACCAGAACCGGGUCCUGUCAGAUCAGAACCGGGUCUCAAUGGAUCAGAACCGGGUCCCAUUGGAUGGGAUGGCUCAGAACCGGAUCCCAAUGGACCAGAACCGGGUCCCAUUGGACCAGAACCGGGUCCCAAUGGAUCAGAACCGGAUCCCAAUAGACCAGAACCGUGUCCCAAUGGAUCAGAACCGUGUCCCAUUGGAUCAGAACCGAGUCCAAUUGGAUCAGAACCGAGCCCAAUUGGAUCAGCGCUGUUCCGAAUGCCAGCAGCAGUUCCCGUCCCUUCGCCGCCUGCAGCGCCACCUGCAGUGCCACCGUCUGGGCGCGUUCCAUUGCCCGCUGUGCAGCAAGGUUCUGCCGACCCAAUUGGGCCUGGAGCAGCACCUGGGGGGGCACAGCGCCGAGUCCCGCUUCCUGUGCCUGGAUUGUGGCUUGGCCUUCGAUACCGAACCGGUUCUGGUGGCCCAUAGGAGGACGCACGGCGCCGACGCGCUGCAUCGAUGCGGCUGCGGGAAGGGAUUCGUCAACAUGACCAAGUUCCUCUAUCACCGCAGGAGCCACGGGGGCAACUAUGGGGGCAGUGGGGGCAAUAGUGGGGGUAAUGGGGGUAAU